GUGAAGCCAACGCGAACCAAAAUACAAGUCGUUAUUUUUUUUAUCGUAGAGACCGCGGAGGCAAGCUGCCCGGUCGACGAAACUCGCUCGAUUUCCAUCAACAAUCAGCACCCGUUUUCAUGUCUAGACUGGCGGACGCAAAGUGACAUCUCCACUCUCAGACCAUGGACGUACACAGUUUUGGUGUGGAGCCCAUCACUUGCCACGCAUGGAACGAGAAUCGCACAGAGGUGGCACUGUGCCCCAACAGCACGGACGUGCAAAUCUACAAGCGAGAGGCGAACGGAGGUUGGUCUCGGGGGCAGACGCUCAGCCGGCACGACCUUCGAGUGACCAGCAUCGACUGGGCACCGCAGAGUAACCGCAUCGUGACCUGCGCUGCGGACCGCAACGCGUACGUCUGGACCCUGGGCUCGGAGGAACCCGGCACCAAUGCCACAGUGUGGACCCCUACCUUGGUGCUGCUGCGGAUCAACCGUGCGGCCACCUGUGUCCGGUGGUCUCCCAGCGAGAACAAGUUUGCGGUGGGCUCUGGUGCCAAGCUGGUGUCGGUGUGUUACUUUGAGGAGGACCACAACUGGUGGGUGAGCAAGCACAUCAAGAAGCCCAUCAAGUCGACCGUCACCUCGGUCGACUGGCACCCCAACAACUGCCUGCUGGCCUGUGGCUCCACCGACUUCCGCACCAGGGUGUUUUCUGCGUACAUCAAGGAGGUGGACAGUCCUCCCGAGCCAACGCCCUGGGGUGACAAGACUGCCUCAUUUGGGAGUCUAGUGGCCGAACUGUCCGCGAGUGGCAUUGGCUGGGUGCACUCGGUGUGUUUCUCGGGAGACGGCACCCGGCUGGCCUGGGUUGGACACGACUCGAGCAUAUGUGUGGCGGACGCCCAGCAGGGGCAGGCCAUCAAGUUUGUGCGCACGCAGUACCUGCCCUUUCUGUCCUGCCUCUGGAUCUCACCCACGAGGUUGCUGGUUUCCGGUUAUGACUGCUCUCCCAUGGUGUACGAGUACAGAGACGGCCAGCUAAAGUUCGUUGAAAAACUCGACAAAUCGCAACGCAAGGAAGUGGAUGGCGUCAGUGCCAUGCGCAAGUUCCGCAACAUGGACAAGCAUGCGAUGGAGAGCCGGGGUGACACCCUUCUGGACACGGCGCACCAAAAUGCCAUCACCCUAGUAACCUUGGUGCAGGGAAAGCGGGACAAUGCAUCGCGCGUCUGCAGCCAGGGCAUGGACGGAAGGCUCAUCCUCUGGGACAUUAAGACGCUGCAGUCCUCAAUGGCCGGUAUGCACAUUGUCUGACCUCCGGUCGUCACAGUAGUCGGCCUAGGAUGUGGCUGGAACGAGCCACUCUAUCGGUCUAAUGUUGGCAAGGGACGACAAGCGUGCGCGUGAACCUGCCGCCACAAGAGGACGGACGACGACUCCCUUACAGUCCGCGACAGUGUCUUCCACGCGGACGACGAGCCAAACCAGACGACAGCUUCCAUGCGGACGCGCUCCUGCCCAAGGCAUCCGGGGAGGGCUGUGUUAAUUUUUUUAUAUAUAAGUCAAUAACUUAAUGCGAGCAUUGCGUUUCGAAUCAAUCAUUUCUGCUGUUGGUGACUGUUGUCGGAGAGUCUUUCGUUCUUAUACGCCCUUUCUGUGCUUUUUUUUUUUUUUUUUUUCCCCCUUGUACAGUGCGUUUUAAACGCUCACUAAUCCAGCUGUUUCCUCUGCCAUCUUCCUGGCGUUUUAAGUUAAUAGGAAUUGUUAUGAAAAGCACGGAUUUCAAUUUUAUGACCUUCAAAUACCAGCAUAGUAAAAGCAAUUGCGAGAAAAGCAUGAAAAGUGUGCUCGCACAUCUUUUUGGUACUUGUAGGUCGAAAUUUCAAGCUAUUGCUAACGUUGAAUAAAGUAGUAGUGAGUACCACAUCGAUAAAGAAUUGGAUGUUGUUAUAAAAAGAAAAUUUUAAGGUACUGUUUGCAGGCUCAGAUUUGAGCACUGCUUGUGCUGCGAAAAUGUUCUUUAGGAACUGUGUUACAACUGGGCUAUUUUCUGUACACGCGACAUAUAAGCUGAAGCUCCAUGGUUGGCCUAGGUGAAUCAUAGCAAACAUACUAGGCACCUAGUAGUUGCGAAAAGUUUUCGAGUUUCUGUGAUUACCAAAACAAUAUCAUUGCUACAGCUUUGUAGAAAUGUAUGUGUUUACUGCAACCUCUGGGAGCCCGCUGGAGUUUUAUUGAGGCACUAAAGACUAUAACAGUUUGCAAAGAAACACAUUGUUUCGCGGUGGCAAUGUAAUGUUGCAUGAUUAGACAUUACUUUAACAUGCAGGAGAUCACAUUUUUUUAACCUCCACUUGAACUGUGUUGUUGCAGUGCCAGUUGGACCUUCCAGAAUUGUGAAGUGAAAUAGCACACCGUGCAUAAGUACGGUUAUGUAGCAAUUUCUCUUGGCCAGUGAUUGAUAAAGAAAAAAUGAAAUGAAGAAUAAGCAAUCAUUACAAUAUCCCAGCCCCAGUUUAUUAUAUUUCUCCAGGUAUGAACAAAGCCCAGUUGCUACAACUUGUUGACAUCGUGACAAACGCAUGAGCUGCAGUACUCUUGCGUUAAAUUUUCUGCAUGCUGAAUGCAGAUAACACAAAUUACUCUGGAUUAACGGUGCAAGCGGUGUUAUGUCAGAUUUGGAUUCAUUAAAUUAAUUCACGGGUUGCGGUAAACAUGCAGUGGUUUUUUUCAUUCGUUCCUUGUUUAGCAUAAAGAAGGUUGUGUGAGCAUUCUCCCGAGGCUAGUUUUUUGUCUGGUGUUUGCCUUGCUGCUCAUGCCUACCCGCGUUGCCAUCUCUGGUUUUCAUGGUCAAAUUACAGGCUGACAUUUUUAUACAAAGUAGUUGCUCCGAUAUCUAUUCUGGUUGCAGCAGUGUAGUUCACAGCAGCUGUACCAAUUGUCUAAAACAACGUGUGCUUGGUGGUUAGGCACUGCCUUUUAAUUUUGGAACUGACGUUAAUACGCAUUCAUCCUCAUCUUUUGUUUGUUCUGUUUGUAAUUCUAAAACCACAACAUGCACACAGUUACAGUCUCUCUUGCUGUAUGUCCUGCACAUAUUUACUGCAGUAAAGACCAUGUUGGUGCAGGGUGAGCAGUCUGUCAGUAGGAAAUGUUAUAUUCUGUGUUGAUCACGCAUAUUAGACUUGGAAAACUUGGAUAUGUACACAUUGCUCACAGCUGGAAAAGAAAAGCUCUUACUCACGUCAGGAAAUAUUGUCCUCUGAAGCACUUGAUGAAAACCAAAUAUUUGCUGAACGCAUGGCAAACUUGGAUAUAAAAUCAACAUCGUCUUGUAAUAUUUAACGCAAGCAGCCAACUAUGCUGCUGGAAAUGUUUUGGCAGGGUGGUGCAGUUUCGCGUGGUGAUCGGGGAUCGCCAGAAUGAAAGCCUCGGAGAUGGAGCCGCAUGCUGGUAAAGAUGGAGCCAAUAUGUUUCAUGACUUUUUGGCUAAGGGAAAGGGCGCAUGUGCCGCGGGACUGUGGAAAAGGUAGAUUUUCACAGCCCCACCAUGUUGACCUGGACAUCAAGACGUAAGCAAGUUCACCUCUUCAGUGUUCUCAAAAGCAGCAUCUUGUACAAUACAAUGGUCACCGACACAAACCUACGCAAGUGAAAUGUGAAACUUUGUCACUGGUGCUGCGACACAUUCGAAAUGAGGACAUUUGUCGAGGUUUUAUUUUUUUCUCGGAAGUGUGCUCAAUAGGUGGCUAGGGCUGUUUUUAGGGAAUGUUAGCUGCCACAUCAAGACAGAUUGCUGGCUGUUUAUAGUGUUUGCAGCAACACUGGUACGUGCUUUACAAAGCUGCUGUAGUGUUUGAAGCAGCAGUGUGCGCACACUGAUCUUUCUGUGUGAGUGCACCAGCUGAGCUCUAUCUGAUCGGUUGGUUGCAUUGUCAGUGGUUGCGAGUUUGUUUUUACACACAACACAAAGUGUACGUCGGGGUGGAAGCUGUUCUGUGACUGUGCAAUGCGUAGCCACUGGUGUUUGCCUGGAUAAUAUCAAAUCGGAUUUUUUCUCGCCUACGACAGACGCUCGAGAUGACUACAGCUCUUCUGGCAUUGGAGCAUUGUCAGCAAUACCCUCGUCACUUUCAUCGUUUUGUAGUGUACUGCAGAUUAUGGCUACAUUCUUGAAUUUUGUAUGGUCCAUGGUUUACACAGAACUUCGAUUUCGGAGAGUUGGUUGAAUUUUGACUUCAUGGAAAAGCAGUGCUAAAAAAUGUGCAUACACAGAGCCCCAUCACCCCCCCAUAUAGUUCACGCAUAUGGGGAGGGGGAAGCACUUAAAAGAUUACAGAGUAGAGUGGCAACUAAAGUAAAUAUAAUUUGAGUUAGUGAACUUGGUGAUAUUUGCAGGUGGGUCUGUUUCCCCAUUGCUGUAGACAUUCCGAAUCAACUCUUACAUGUGUGUGCACUUGCAGCGAAAAAGCUGUCCGCUAAUAUUUAUGGCUAAAGUGUUACUGUAACGGUUUGCGUGAAACAAGGCAAUUCGGGAAGCAUACUGUAGCAGUCUCAAGGUCAGUGAGAUACUUUUUGUGAAGCUAUAACAUGCUAGCUUGUGCAGCCUAUAAACUGGUAAAUGCUGGUAAGCUGUUGGAAGGCUGACUUGCGGGGCAACGUAUGCUGUAAUUUUCAUUUGUCAAAGCUUUGCAUGUUUGUCUGAAAAAUUGUUGAUAGUGUCACUGAGCCUUGGGAUGACUGGCUGUGAAAAAACAACGCAAUCGCUUAAUUUAUUCUUGCAGGUGUUCUGCAUCUGUGAUUUCUUUGUGCACUGUUUAAAACUGCAUCACGGAUGUUUCAGUGGUCAUGUCUCCUUGCUGGGAACCCUGGUCUCGAGGUUGUAAGAUAAUGACAAAUAAACGACACAUGCCUUUCUUC